GGCGAGCGUUAGGAAACGGGAAGCGCUCUGGUUUACGGGCGUUAGUGAUUUGUUAGGUCGACGCGGCUGUGUGACGAAGUGCUGCUGGUGUCUGGUGGGGGGUGUUUUAAAGUUAUUUUCAAAUUAAGAGGUGAUUUUCGAAGCAUGGGGUGCUUUUUCUCGAAAAAGUCAAGGAGAAAAUCUCCGGAUAAAGACCCUGCGCUGGCUUCGGACGUCUCUACGAGUAAUAACGCUCCUGAAACCAACAACACCAACGGUAACCAAGAGGAACCCAAACAGUACAGCUGGGACAAACGGGAUAAGGUUGAUCCGAAGGACUUCACGCUGAGCGGUUUGAAGGAUGCGACCGUAGGCCGUCUGCCCGGAACUCUGAACGGCCAGCAGUUCAUCAUCCAAGAAUGCGAGAACUGUAACAUCUACGUGUUCGACCACUCGGCCGCGGUCAACGUCGACGACUGCGUCAACUGCCGCAUCGUGCUCGGCCCCGUCCGAGGCAGCGUCUUCUUCCGAAACUGCAGAGACGUUAAGUGCGUGGUGGCGUGCCAGCAGUUCCGCACGAGGGACUGCAAGAAAAUGGACGUGUUUCUGUGCUGUGCCACGCAGCCCAUCGUCGAGUCUUCUACAGGCAUGAAGUUCGGCUGCUUUCAGUACUAUUACCCCGAGCUGGCCUUCCACUUCAAGGACGCGGGGCUGAGCAUCUUCAACAACAACUGGAGCAACAUCCACGACUUCACGCCCGUGUCGGGCGAGACCAACUGGAGCCUACUGGCCGAGGACGCCGCCGUGUCGGAGCACGUUCCUCUCCCGGAUCCCGAGUCGGAGUUUAAGAGCGUCCGCGUGUCCGCUGAGAAGAACCGCAGCAUCAUCCCGUUGACCAAAGGAGGGAGGAGAAAGGAGAGCGAGGAGUCCUGCUUGUUCGUCUUCUUCGCUGGAGAUUACACCACGGCCAACGCUCGCAAGCUCAUCGACGAGGUGACUGCCAAGGGCUUCGUCCUGGUCCAGACCAAAGAGGUGUCCAUGCGUCCCGAAGACGUGAGCAGAGUGUUCCAGAACAGCGCAGAGGACCUCGCCGACUGGACGGCUAAAGGUCCCGUCGUGGCCCUCGAGCUGAACGGAGACGGCGUGGUGGAAGCCUGUAGGAUCAUCGCCAAUGAGGUGUUCAGCGGAACAAAGGUGUUUGUUUCUGAGAAUAAAAAUUCAGCCUCGCAGGACGUCGACAACUUCUUCAACUUUGCCGACAUGCAGCUGGGACUGUGAGCGGACCGGGACGCGGUUUUUAACACACACAUUUUUAACUUUUCUACGUUCAUCGAUACGAACUAGAAGUGAACUAGAGUUCAUGAUCUAGCUGUGAAAGUGAUGAAGCGAACGCAGAGUCCACUCGCGCCUCGCUCUCUCUCUCUCUCUCUCUCUCUCUCUCUCUCUCUCUCUCUCUCUCGUUUUAAAGGUUGGUUUAAUCCUGUGGUUCUCUAUGGACCCCUAGUGUUCAGGAGGUCACUGUGGCGGAAAUCACAACCCACCGUUAUCCAAGUUACCAUAUUUAAUAUCGAGUUGUUAGUCUGGAACGAAAUGCAAACGUCUUCUAACUCGAUCCGGAUCAGAGCGAAAUUGAUUCUUUUGAUCCGUUUGGUUUCGUUUCACUCUGCACACAAUGAAACGAAUCGUUAGGAUGAAACGGCGCACCUUUUAAUGAGACAAAUCUCACCGAGUCAAAUCUCACAAAUCACCCGAGCACGGAGCCGGCGGCGCUAAAGAAACGAUUCGAUAAUGAUAUCAAUAACCGGUUCAAAACGCACGCGGCGUGUUUGAUUCACUCCCUGCAGGCGAGUCGAUUCACUUACAGGCGAGUCGAUUCACUUUCACACCGGAAUCGCACCACCUCGCUCGGAUUGUGAUUUCCGUGAUCUGACCCGAAUAAAUAAUUAAAUAAUGAGUCUAAAUAUUUCCGUAUUUGGAUUGGGUUCAUAAAAUUUCAUUCCGUACUGAGCACGUCCAUGAUUGGUUGAUAGAUAGAUAGAUAGAUAGAUAGAUAUUUUUUUAAAACAUCAAGAUGGCUUCCUGACUACUUAAACUUUGACAACCCCUGGUUUAAACAACUAUUUACUGUAUGUUUGUUUAUUUUGUUUUACUGUACUGCUGCUAAAUUCCACAUUAGAUGUUUUUUAUGCUGUUUCUUCUCCGUUUUCUUGAAUUUCUGAAAGCACGUGCCAGUGAAAAGACUGUAACGUCACUGCUUUGUCAGUCAUGCUGAAAACAAGUCAAAGCCUGUAGAUAUUUAUUUAUCCGUACGUGCAGAUGAGUGAUCUCUGUCUAUAAUCUCUGUCUGUAAAUCCGGAAGCGCACGUGUUCGAACAGAGAAGCGUUGUUUUCGGAACUCUGAUGCUGAAUAUCUUUUUUCUCUUUGUGCUUGGACACUUUAUUCUCCCCCUUUUUUUAUGAUGAUUUUUUUUUUUUUUUUUUUUUAAAGAGGACAAAUCAUCCGAGUUAUUUAUAGAACCGAGUAUCUAAAGAUGAUGUGUUGCCAAUCAGAUUGUACCUGCUCUGUAACGCUGUCUCUUUUUAUACAGAAAAAGAUUUUACUCCUGUGAACAGAAUCAGUUUUUGUACAGAUGAAAAAAACACAGCGUGAUGUUUUAAUGUAGUUUUGUAUGUUUUAUCGGUUGUUGUUGUUGUUGUUGUUGUUUGUAUGAAUCAGUUUUGUAGAAAUGAAUGUACACUGUGAUUUAUCUAUAAUAUAUAUAAUUUCUUUGGUAGAGUUUUAUUACA